CCUAAAUUUACAGCAACAAAGAACAGUUAUAUCAGGCUAAUGAUCCAAUCAAGUUCCCCGAAUCUCUAUCCAGAACCAACGGCCAGGAUCAAACCGUCGCAGAGAAACCAGGACCGCCUUGUCAUCCUAUCAUUCAAUUGUAGGCCCCACCAAGCAGCAGCAUCUUCUUUCGCUAAAUCCCAUUCUCAGGAUUUAUAGGGAACGCCUCUCGUCCUCCUCUCUCUCUCUCUCUCUCUCUGCCGCUCUUUCCGCAACAAACCAAAACCAAAUCCCCAAAACCUUCUUUCCAUUUUCCCAGAAACCAAACACCACCACUGCACAAUGUCCGGCACCGGCAAGAAAAAAUUAGUUUUCAGCUCCGUUGCCGUCGACCUGGGCUGCGGCGCCGGCAGCUGCAGGAAGCCCAAGAAGCUCCUGUCCUCCAUUUUCCACCCAAAACCCAAACCCACCACCUACCGCAAGCACCACAAUUACAAAAACCCCUAUUUCUCCACAACCGCCGCCGCCGCCGCCGCCACGACGAGGUCGCCGUAUUCCUACUACCCCUCUUCCUCCACGUCGCCGUACGACAGCAGCAUUCCCACCACGGCGGCGACCUUCUCCCCCGCCGCGGCGGCGGACGACGACGAAGACGAAUCGUGCGGGAGGACUGUGAGAGGGUUUGGCCGGUUGGGCGGGGAGAGCGUGGCGGUGGAGAAGGACUCCGACGACCCGUACCUCGACUUCCGGCAGUCGAUGCUGCAGAUGAUCCUGGAGAAGCAGAUUUACUCGCGGGACGAUCUCAGGGAGCUCCUCAACUGCUUCCUCCAGCUCAAUUCGCCGUACCACCACGGCAUCAUCGUCCGUGCCUUCUCCGAGAUCUGGAACGGGGUUUUCUCCUCCUCCACGUCGGCAAAGUCUCCGGUCGCCGGAGGGAGUGGUUUGGCGUCGAAGCCGUCGCCGACGCAGGGGUGGGGGCAUUAUGGUAAUUACGGUUACUACCACCACGGAUGGAAUUAAAUUGGAAGGCGAAGGGAAAGGUCAGAAAUGUUUUCACGUGAAGGUUUGGAGUAACACGUGAAGCUGUAGAAGCUAUGAUAUGCAGUGGGUUGGAAGUAUCAGUAUUUCUUAUUAGAAAUUAAUCAGUAGCAUUUUGUUUUUUUUUUUUGUUUUUUUUUUGCCUUAUUCGUAUUUUGUAGAAGUUCGACUUUGUUUUUUUCUCCUUUAUUUGUAUUUAGGGAACUUUUUAUUUUACUAGUUUGGUUGUUAAUGUUGAUGUAAUAUCGUUAAGGAUGUCAGUUCUCCGUCGUUGAAUCAAAAUAUGUUCGAUUCAACGAUUGAGAACUGAUACAAUGAGACGCUAUGAUGUUAGUAUAAGUGGAAAUACCACUUCUUUUCCUAGUAGUGUUGAAGUAGGAGCGUGGGGAAAGGGUUGGUAUCAGUCUGUAGUCUUUGCCUUUUUCCAGUUGUUCCCUUUUGUGGUAAUAGUACUAGUGCUGGUGUCUCGGUGUAUUUUUCUUCAGCGGAAAAGCUAAGAUUUGUUUCCUUAGGGUGUAGUUUUCUAAAGGACACAACUAGUGUAAGUUCCAAUGGAUUCUAAAGACUAAAAAGUGUACACUAGU